AUGAAGUUCACCAGCAUUCUCGCAUUGUUGCCGCUAGCUGCAGCUUGGAACUGCUUGACUGAUGCUGAUGCUGAAUCCAUCGUGUCACGAUCCAUCAUCUUCCUCGAGCAUCACGAUAUCGCUCUAGCCAACGCUACCGCUCAGGGUCUAUUCGCUGAGGACAUCCAGGAGUUUGGAGACUCGAUCAACUCUCUCCGUGGCGAUGCUCUGGGCACUCAAGUUGAGAAUGGCAGAGCGAAGUACGUUGCAGAGACGCUCGCGACGCCCCCGAUUCCCAGUAUUACGACUCUGGAUAUCAUUCACGACUGCAAGAGCUUGCUUUGGCAAUGGCAGUUCGACGGGAUUGGGUCGGGAGAGUACCGUGUGCGUGGCGUGACCAUUAUCAAGGUCAACGACCAGAAUUACGUGAACUACCAAUAUGUGGAGUUCAAUUCGUUGGCUUGGGCCUUGGAUCUCAACUUCACAGUCAUUCCCGCGCCGCUGCCGGGAAGCUGA